CCUGGAAAGCUACGAAAACGCCAAAUAAAUGCUUGUUUUGAGAAGUUUGGACCUGUGGUAGUUGAUAAUAUACUCAGAAAUGAGCGAACCGAAGAAAAGGAGUAAAAAAUCUAAAGAAGAAAUUGCUAAAGAGUUUGACUUGCCAGAAAGGAAAAGCAAGAUCGCUACAAUUCUUAAGCAAGAUGGUCAAGCGUAUUGUCUCUGCCGAUCUUCUGAUUCAUCUCGUUUCAUGAUUUGUUGUGACGCCUGCGAAGAAUGGUAUCAUGGAGAUUGCAUAAAUGUGUCCGAGAAAGAAGCGAAGCACAUAAAGCACUACUAUUGUCAACGAUGCAAAGAAGAGGAUCCAUCAUUGCAAACAGUAUUCAGGCUAGUACCAGCACCUGGGCCACCCCCAAAUCCGGAAGAGAAAAAGCCACCGAAAAAGAGAAAAGACAAACCACCGGGAGGUUCUUCCGAGAAGCGUUGUGGUCAGUGCGACGGUUGCCAGGCUGAGAACUGUGGCAGCUGCGAUGGUUGUUUGGGACAGACAAAAAAUGGACGCAAGCAGCGAUGUGAAAUGCGCGUUUGUAGUAAUUCCACGAGUCGCAAAAAAGAUCGUGCGGCACUUAAGGCAGUAGCUAGGAACAAAAAACGAAGGCGUUCACUGUCGCCCGAAUUAAUCAACCCGGCUCUCGAAGGCGACCGCCAGUGCUACGGUCCUGGUUGUAUUAUGACCGCACGGCCUCAAUCAAAGUACUGCUCGAACGAGUGUGGAAUGAAGCUAGCUACUAGCCGCAUUUACCAAGUGUUGCCUCAACGAAUUCAAGAGUGGUCUUUAAGCCCUGCUAUUGGCGAAGAACAGAACAAGAAAGCUCUGGAAUCGAUUCGGACAAAACAAACAAUUGUGCGAGCUACUCUGGCAGAACUCGAUAAACGGCAUGCUGAGUUGGAUCUGCUUGUUGAACGUGCAAAGCGCUGCACACUAGACCCAAACGCAUUAGAUAACAGCGACAUGGAGGAUGAAAUGUCCAUGUACUGUAUCACGUGCGGUCAUGAGAUUCACUCCAAAACGGCCAUCCGACACAUGGAAAAAUGUUUCAACAAGUACGAAAGUCAAGCUAGCUUCGGCAGUAUCUUCAAGACGCGCAUCGACGGAAAUUCUAUGUUUUGCGACUUUUAUAAUCCUGCCAGCAAAACAUAUUGUAAACGUCUUCGCGUUCUGUGUCCCGAGCAUUGCAAAGACCCCAAGGUUAGUGACACGGACGUCUGUGGAUGCCCAUUGGUGAGGAACGUAUUUCAACUGACUGGUGAAUUUUGCCGUGCACCGAAAAAGUUCUGCUUCAAGCACUAUGUUUGGGAAAAAAUACGUCGAGCUGAAAUCGACCUCGAGCGUGUGAGGCAAUGGUUGAAGAUGGAUGAACUGGUGGAGCAGGAACGUCAGAUCCGACAAGCCAUGGCCUCACGUGCGGGUGUACUGGGUCUCAUGUUGCACUCAACGUACAACCACGAGAUAAUGGAAAAAUUGUGUGCCGGCAAAUAUUAGUCGCAUUCCGAUUCAUCAAUAAACGUUUGAAAUUCUAGAAAGAAAGCGU